AUGGGCGAUUCGUUCACCGGCAGUGGUAUUGGUGGUGGGAUAGCGGCGGCCGGUUGGAGCAACCUGACCCCAUCGCCGUCCUCCUCAUCGUUAUCGCUGGUCAGCAGCAGCAGUAACAGCAGCGGAGGCGUCGGAACUCAUUCCAGCAGCAGUGGCGCAAGAAAAGGAUCCUCCUCGUCAGCGGGCGCGCCGUCCGCGUCGUCAUCGUCUUCUGCAGCGGCGGCCGCGGCAGCAGCAGCCGCCGCUGCCGCCCUGGCAAUGGCGGGCAUCUCGCCCUCUGCCACCGCGUCCUCGGUAGUGUCACCUUCCGGUGCGGCGGCAGCGGCCCUGCUUUCCGGCGGCGGCGCAUUCAGCUCACCUUCGCUGAGCGGUUCAGCUGGCUCGUCCAGUAGUGGGGGCAGCUUUUACGACAAGAAAACCAUGUCAUCGUGCCGCUAUCAGCAGGAAAAGGGCGGUGCUGCUGCCACCGCGCAGAUAAGCUCUUCCGCCCUUGCCGACUACUACGCCGCGGGCGCUGAAGCAGGCAGUGGAACGGCAGCGGCAGCCGUUGCAGCCGCUGCUGCCGCCGCCAGCCGUAUGCUCGGCCACGGAUCAUCUCUAGUACCCCCCUCCGUUUACUCAUCAUUCCAAGAGUCGGCACUAGCGGCGGCGGCGGCUGCCGCAGCCGCCCAGCAUCAUCAUACGGCUGCUGCCGCCCAUCACCACCAUCACCAUCACCAACAUGCUGCGGCAACACACCAGCAGCAAACUCAGCAGCAGCAACAGCAGCAGGUAGCAGUAAACAACAGCUUAUUUUCACCCCACUUUGCCGCCGGGUCACCGUACCAUCCGCCAAUGCAGGGUGGUGGGGGAGGUGGAGCAAGCGCUGGUAGUCUUGGUGGUGGAGGAAGCAUUGCUGGUGGUAACAGUAUUAGUGCGUACGAUACUACCAGCACCGCGGCACGGUCCUGUGCAUUACCUUCGCCCACCAUCUACCCACCGACGCCGCCCCCUUCCGCCCCAUGGAUACAUCCCUGGUACGGUGGGGAUACGUUUUAG